UGCCAUCUGGCCUUCUUGUCUCACUCAUAUCACUGCGGCCCCGCCAUGUUCACGGAGACUGCGUUCCGACAGAUACCCGUCAUUGACUUUGCAAACGCCUCCAACAGCGAUCCUGUGCUUCGGCGAGCACUCGCCGCGGAGCUCAAAGACGCGUGCACGAACGUCGGCUUCUUCUACAUCAAGAAUCACGGCAUCCCCAGCGAUGUGAUAUCGGCCACUGUAGACGCCGCCCAGAGCUUCUUCAGCCUCCCUCUCGCAGCUAAGCAGGAGAUUGACAUACACAAGUCUCCGAACUUCAAAGGCUACACUGCUCUGCUCGGAGAGAACACCGACCCCGCGAAUAGGGGCGAUCUUCAUGAAGGCUUUGAUAUUGGCUGGGAGCCUCUGGAGACCUCAACUCCCUCGAAUGGUGGUGUUCGCGAAGAUGGUGCAAUGGCCGGUGUAAACGUAUGGCCAGACGUCAAUCAUCGCUUCCGUCAAGAUGUGUUGACUUACUACCAUGCAGCGGUCGGAUUGGGCCUCAAGCUAUUCCCUCUGUUCGCGCUUGCGCUGAACCUUCCAGAAGAUUGGUUCAAUGAUAAAGUUCGCUUUCCACCAUGGCGCGAAAACUGUCCGAAUAACGGAGACAAGGCGUCAAGUGAGCAUAUCAGCGUCAUCAGCCGCAGAAUGACAGUGAUACAUGUUCCGGCGGAGGGAUAA